GACAGUUUGCUCUCGGCCGCGCACAACGAAACAACAAAAAUUUGCUUGAAACUUGACGGGUUGGCGCUUUUAACCGAUUUCAGUAAAAGUUCCGUUCGAACAUACAAACAUAAGCUUUAAGGGCAAGAUUUCUUUCCAACUAACUGUUUCGCGGACAGUGAUGUGCAGUGAAAUAAUGUUCCGUGCUCAGAGUGUCAGUGAGCCGUCGAAGAGGAAGUGAGGAGCAGGAGCAGGAGAGCGGGAAAGAGAGAGAGAGCCUGAUAUUGCUCUGAAUUAAAGUGACUUCCGUUCCACUAGCCGUGGGAUUGAUCCAUAAUCGAUAUCCGCGUACGCGUCCGCGUCCUCUUCUAUGAUUGUGAUUGUGACUACGUUGUGACUACUGGUGUUGUGAACGUAACGCGAACUGCAAUAAAAUAUUAAUAAAUAUAUAGAAACCCAAAUAAAAAUCUAAGCGAAUAGACCCCGAUUCUUAGACAUGUUGAUAGAGCCGACUUUGAACCGUGACCUUGGCUCGCUUACUGUUGCAAAUUCUGGCUUCUCGGCCGCGCACUGGAAAAUGGAGCCCCAUCCCCAACGAAUGACAUCGCUGGCCCCGCAUGCCUCCAGUGUAGCGGCAGCAGCAGCAGCAGCGGCGGCGGCGGCGGCGUCAGCAGCAGCAGCGACAACCACGUCGCCUCCAUCUGUGCAAAUACCGCCGGGCUUUGGCGCUGGUGGGGGCACAGCCGGCAGCAGUGGCGGUCCAACGGCUGGGCCGGGUAGCACGCUUGGCACAUUGAUGUCGCAACACCGCCUCCUGGAGUUCUCCCGCUUUGGUGGCCUGCGUGGCUACGACAUUGCCCAGCACAUGCUGACGCAGCAGGGAGCAGUCUCCAAGUUAUUGGGCUCCCUGCGACCGCCGGGCCUAAUUGGUGGCUCAAAGCCGAAGGUAGCCACGCCAACGGUCGUCUCCAAAAUCGAGCAGUACAAGCGGGAGAACCCCACGAUCUUCGCCUGGGAGAUACGCGAGCGACUGAUCUCCGAAGGUGUCUGCACGAAUGCCACCGCCCCGUCGGUGAGCAGCAUCAAUCGCAUCCUGCGCAACCGGGCCGCCGAGCGGGUGGCCACCGAGUUUGCUCGCACCGCCGCCUAUGGCCUGUACCCGCCCCAUCCGCAUCCAUACGGCAGCUUCACCUGGCAUCCGGCCGGCAAUAUUGGAGGCGGCCAAUCGGUGCCUGGUCCGCCGCCGCCCUCGUCCCUCUGGUCUGUGGCGGCUCCCACGUUGGCCAAUCUGCCGCCCAGCGCCGGCAGCUCGGUCUCUGCCCCGAACUGUGGAUCCCUGAGCUCGGCUCACCUCAUGGCCAGUGCUGCGCCCCCGAACAGAGCCAUUUCGCCGGGCUCUGGCAGCCACGAUACGCUGGAGUCCGCGGACGAGAAUCGCCACAUCGACUCUGACUAUUUGGACGACGACGACGAGCCCAAGUUCCGGCGCAAUCGGACGACCUUCAGCCCCGAGCAGCUGGAGGAGCUGGAGAAGGAGUUCGACAAGAGCCACUACCCGUGCGUGAGCACCCGCGAGAGGCUGUCGAGUCGCACGAGUCUGAGCGAGGCGCGAGUCCAGGUUUGGUUCUCGAACCGCCGGGCCAAGUGGCGUCGCCAUCAGCGCAUGAAUCUGCUCAAGCGGCAGCGAUCCAGUCCCGCGAAUCCGCUGCACUCGCAGCAAUCGAACGACGCACCGGCCAGCUCUCCUACGCCCAGCAAUCACAGCAGCGCCUCAGCCUCGGCGGCUUCUGUGGGUGGUGGAGGAGGAGGAGGAGCCCCUGCUCCGCCCCAGCAGUCGCUUUCCAUCUGCUCAGAGCACUCGCCGCAGGCACCGCCCCCAUCCGGGAUACUGCACCCACUGCACGGGCCGCCCGGAGGCCAUCAUCACCACCAUCCACUGCACCUGCCAACACAUCCUGCGGCUCUGCAGCUCCUCAGCCACUACCAUCAGCAGCAGCAGCAACAGCAACAGCAGCAGCCUCAGCUUUCUCCCACGGGAGUUGGGGGCUGCGGAUCGGCCGCCAGCCACCUGUCGAUGGGGGGAGAGCGCAGCGCCUUCCGGAGUCUGGUGAGCUCCCCGUCCGCGGCAGCCUUUCUGGGCCUGGCCCGCCAGUAUGCGGUGGCCGCAUCGCUGACGGUGGCCGAGGAGCAGCGCUCGCGGAUGCACUAUUCCUCCUCCUCCGGUAUGGGAUCUGGUCCGGAGGGCGGCGGCCCUGGCAGUGGGAGUGGCACAGCCGGCUCAACCAUGACCGUGGACAACUCGUCGUCCGACUCGGAUGAAGAGAUCAACGUGCACGACGAUUCCGAUGCUGAAAUCGAGUCGCCGGCGGCAAAGGUGGCCCGCCUGUCAUCCUCCGAUGGGUCGGCGACGCUGCAGUUCCUAAAGCAUGACCGCUAGCGGGACAUGCGGACAGCGGCAAGCCGUGAUCUGUGAUCUGUGAUCCGGCGGCAGAGUCUAAUUGAAAACCUGAGUUGUGUGCGCGUUUGUGAUUGACAGCGACGUAGGCUGAACUACGUGGAAUGGUCGAAGGGUGGAAUGGUGGAAUGAUGGAAUGGGAUGGUGGGUACGGUACCCAGGGCGGUCGCAGGCGGAUCCGUGCGUGUCGCGGACAGAAACAUGAGACG